AAUCCAGAAUUUAUUUAUGAAAUUAUAUAAAAGUGCAAAGAAUAAAGCUCAUGAAUUGGAGGAGUCGACGAGCUUCCACUCUGAGUUGUCGCAGUUCUGUGAAAAAAGAAGUUAGGCAUGUUUAGGUUACCUUCCAAAGGGGUUCUCCAAAGCGAAGCUCUUAAGAAGUACAUCUAUGAAACUACUUCAUAUCCUAGAGAGCACAAGGAACUCAAGAAUUUACGAGAAGCUACAGUAAACAAGUAUGGCAAUAAGAGUGAGAUGUCUGUGCCAGUUGAUGAAGGUCAAUUUCUAUCAAUGCUUGUAAAGAUUAUGAAUGCCAAGAGAACCUUGGAGAUUGGUGUUUUUACAGGCUAUUCUCUCCUUUCCACUGCUCUUGCACUGCCUCAUGAUGGCCAGGUAACUGGAAUAGACAUAGAUCGAGAAGCUUAUGAAGUUGGAUUACCAUUCAUUCAACAGGCAGGCGUGGAGCACAAAAUCAACUUCAUCCAAUCAAAUGCCAUCUCAGUGUUGACUGAAAUGGUGAACAAUGAUAGAGAUAGAGUGGAAUAUGACAUGGCAUUUGUGGAUGCUGACAAAUUCAACUAUAAGCAAUACCAUGAACUACUGCUGAAACUAGUAAAAGUUGGAGGAACAAUAGCUUAUGAUAAUACCUUGUGGUUUGGGUUUGUUGCUCAAGAAGAAGAAGCUGUGCCGGAGCAUCUAAGGGAGACAAGAAAGGCCAUACUGGAAAUCAAUGAAUAUCUGGCCUGUGAUCCUCGCAUCGAUAUCUCACAAGUUUCUAUCGGUGAUGGUGUUACUUUGUGCAGGCGUCUCUAUUGAGCAGACUUGUUGCAGCGCUGAGUUUGUGUUUGAACGAAUUCACAAAUAAAAGAGUUUCAAUGAAAUAAGGAGGGAUUCCACUUCACGAUUGUAUUAGAAUUUUCUAAUAUUUUCCCUCCCUCUCUAAAAACUCUCUCUCUCUCUUUUUCCUUUUCUUUCUCAAACUACAAAUCACCUAGUAUUUUGAAAUAAUAAUUUAUUUAUUAGUGUA